AUGUGUCCGUACGCCCUGUCUAUAAAAUUCAGCCUGAAAAUCAGCGAUUUGCAAGCGGCCUAUAGGCAGGCUGGGGAGCAAAGCAGCCGCGAGGCCAGGGCCGCGCGGGAGCCGGCAGAGGGAGCUCUGACUGCGUUUCGUAAGACUUACGACAAAACUGUGGCACUGGGACAUCGUCUGGAUAUCGUGUUCUAUCUUCUAAGGAUUGGCUUGUUUUAUAUGGAUAACGACCUCAUCACACGGAACAUUGAAAAAGCAAAAAGUCUAAUAGAAGAAGGAGGAGACUGGGACAGGAGAAAUCGUCUAAAGGUGUACCAGGGUCUUUACUGUGUCGCUAUUCGAGAUUUCAAACAAGCAGCGGAGCUCUUUCUUGAUACAGUUUCAACGUUCACAUCCUAUGAACUUAUGGAUUACAAAACAUUUGUAACAUACACUGUCUAUGUCAGCAUGAUUGCAUUAGACAGGCCUGACCUUAGGGAGAAGGUUAUUAAAGGAGCAGAGAUUCUGGAAGUUUUGCAUAGCUUGCCAGCUGUACGACAGUAUCUCUUUUCUCUUUAUGAAUGCCGUUAUGCAGCCUUUUUCCAAUCGUUAGCUAUCGUAGAGCAAGAGAUGAAAAAAGAUUGGCUGUUUGCACCUCACUAUCGAUACUAUGUACGAGAAAUGAGGAUUCAUGCAUAUAGCCAGCUCCUAGAGUCUUACCGGUCGUUGACAUUAGGAUACAUGGCAGAAGCGUUUGGAGUCAGUGUAGAAUUUAUAGAUCAGGAGCUUUCAAGAUUUAUUGCAGCUGGGCGAUUGCACUGCAAAAUAGACAAAGUAAAUGAGAUUGUAGAAACUAACAGGCCUGAUAGCAAGAAUUGGCAGUACCAAGAAACCAUCAAGAAAGGAGAUCUGCUGCUAAACAGAGUUCAGAAACUUUCCAGAGUAAUUAAUAUGUAAUUUUUUUAAUGCAGGGGAAGGGAAUGCAAAAUUUAGAUGUUUAAAAACAUUUUGGAAGUAACCUAUAAAUAUAUUAUAUAACUUGGUAUACCAUAGGUAAGAAAAUUACUAGUGAGAAAAGUAGUGUUUUUACAGUCCUCUUCAUUAUGUAAACAACGUUCCAUUUUGGUGUAUGGAUCCCAGUUCAUUUAUUAAAUGUAUGAUACAGUUGAUGAUCUUUUGUA